AUGGGGGAAUGUUGGCAAAAUGCAGUUGUUGUAUAUGUGGUUGGUCAGAACCCUACCCUAUCAGCUAUUAACCAAUAUGUGGCUGCUAACUGGAGUUUACUGGAGGAACCAAAGAUAUAUAAGCAUGAAGAAGGGUUUUUCCUUGUUAAACUUAAUAACAGGGAGGAGAGGGAUAAAAUUUUGUACUCUGGACCUCACUUAUUUUAUGGUAAGCCUAUGAUUAUCAAAAAUUGGAGUGCAAAUUUCAAUUUUCAUGAAGAAAUACUGAAAGUGAUUCCUAUAUGGGUGAAGUUCCCAAAUCUACCCCUAAAGUGCUGGGGGGAGGAUUCUCUUAGUAGGAUAGGAAGUGUUUUGGGAGUGCCUUUGUAUGCAGAUGAGUGUACAAGCAAGUGUUUAAGAGUUUCAUUUGCUAGAGUGUUAAUUGAAAUAGAUGUGACACAAGACUUGGUGAAGGAGAUAGAAGUUGAGGAUCCUUAUGGGGUUGUUUUCAAGCAAAAGGUGAGCUUUGAUUGGCUUCCUCCUUUCUGUAAGAAAUGUCAGAAGGUGGGGCACAAUUGUGGUAAUCAAAGUCAAGUGAAGGGGCCUGAAAAGGUGGUGCAGUGA